AGUAAAAGUUGGGAUAGAGGCUCGAGUCUGUUCCACGGACGGUCCUGUCACGGCCGUGGCCACUCCACACCAACAAGCGGACACCCACAACUCAGCCCCUGAGACACCAACGCAUGCAAUGAAGGCAAACUAGAUUCACGGAAAUUAUAGCAAUAAACUCUGGAAAUAACAGCGCGGACAAUCGUCACUGAGAAGGCUACACAUACAGUAUGGCUCUUGGUCGCCCGUAGCUGCAGAAUUUGCUGCUUGCAAAGUAAAAAAAAAAGAAAAAGAAAAGUUGAAUAAAUGUGGUAGCGCGAGGAAGAUCCUGCAAGUGCCGGCGUAGAGAGUGACGGGUAAUCCCGAGCUGUCAAACUCGAUGACUACUGCAAACUGCAGCGGUAACGAGGAGCUGGACUUCAGACUGAUUUUCGGGGAGGAUGGGCAACAGCAGUCGCUAGGCCCUGCAGAUCUGGAACCCGACGACAACUCGUCUUUCUACAUCGUGAACGUGGGCCAGCCCCAGACCGUGCCGAACCAGCCCAUCGGGGUCCCCCGCCAUGGACCGCAGACGCACGCCCCCCUCGUACCGGCCCACAGGGCCUACGACUCCGCCUACGAGCCGCAGGGCUCCAAGUACGGGCCGUUGGUGGGCCGCCGGGCCUUCGAGUGCCCCAGCAUCCAGAUCACCUCCAUCUCCCCCAGCUGCCUGCAGGACAUGGAGGCCGGGCGGGGCGUGGGGCGCGAGGGCGAGGAGCAGCCCCUCUCCAGAGGGCACCUGUACCUGCCGCUGGACGUGGCGUACCGGGACGCGUCCCUCAGCCCCAGCCCCUGUAGCAGCCUGUCGUCCCGCAGCUGGUUCUCGGACGCCUCCUCCUGCGGCUCCUUCUCGCCGGCGUUCGACGACGUGGAGACGGAGCUGAACGAGGCGGCGGCCCGCUUCACGCUGGGCUCCCCGCUGGCCUCGCCCGCAGACGAGCCCUGGCCCCCGCAGCCCGGGCUGCCUCCGCUCCGGCCCCCGGCCCUCCUGCACUCCCCCCGCGCCAGCGUCACCGACGAGAACUGGCUGAGCCCGCGGCCCCCGUCCAGGCCCUCCUCCCGCCCGGCCUCGCCCUGCGGCAAGCGCCGCCACUCCAGCGCCGAACUCUGCCACCCGGGCCCCGCGUCCCCGCGCCUCUCCCCGGCCCCCACGCCGGGCGCCUCCCCGCGGGGCAGCGUGACCGAGGACUCCUGGGCCGGGUACCCCUCCGUGGCGGGCCCGCCCCCCUUCCACUGCUGCUCCUCCGAGCUGGACGUGCCCUCCAAGACCAGGAAGACGUCUCCGGCCCGGCCGGCACUCUGCAGCAAGGCCGAUCCGGCCCCAGAGGACCCGGGCAGCGGCUCACCCUCGCGGGAGACCCCCGCUGAGGACCCCCAUGGCCCCAAGAAGGACGGGCCCCCCGAGCAGUUCCUCUCCGUCCCCUCGCAUUUGCCCUGGAGCAAGCCCAAACCGGGCCACACCCCCAUCUUCCGGGCCUCGUCGUUGCCUCCGCUGGACUGGCCCCUGCCCAGCCAGUUCGGCCAGUACGAGCUGCAGGUGGAGGUGCACCCCAAGGCCCACCACCGGGCCCACUACGAGACGGAGGGGAGCCGGGGCGCGGUAAAGGCUGCGUCAGGCGGUCAUCCCGUGGUCAAGCUCAUUGGCUACAACGAGAAGCCGGUCAACCUACAAAUGUUCAUCGGAACUGCCGAUGACCGCUACCUGCGACCCCAUGCCUUCUACCAGGUGCACAGAAUCACCGGGAAAACCGUCGCUACCCCGAGCCAGGAAAUCAUUAUUACCAGCACAAAGGUUCUCGAAAUUCCUCUGCUCCCCGAAAACAAUAUGUCAGCCAGCAUCGACUGCGCCGGCAUCCUGAAGCUGCGCAACUCGGACAUCGAGCUGCGGAAGGGCGAGACGGACAUCGGGCGCAAGAACACGCGUGUGCGGGCCGUGUUCCGGGUGCACGUGCCCCAGCCGGGGGGGAAGGUGCUGUCCCUGCAGGCGGCCUCUAUCCCCGUGGAGUGCUCCCAGCGAUCCGCCCAGGAGCUCCCCCAGGUGGACAGGUGCAGCCUGACCAGCGGCUCUGUGAACGGAGGGGAGGAUAUGGUCAUCACCGGAUCCAACUUCUUCCCGGAGUCCAGGGUGGUGUUCUUGGAGAAGGCACCCGACGGCCGGGCUCAGUGGGAAGCGGACGCGAAGGUCACCGGAGAGAAAAGCAAAGGGGCGAGCAUCGUGGCGGAGGUCCCGCCGUACCACAAUAAGAGCGUGACGUCGGCCAUCCAAGUGCAGUUCUACGUGUGCAACGGCAAGAGGAAAAGGAGCCAAUCCCAGCGCUUCACGUACCUGCCAGUUCUGGUGAAGCAGGAGCAACGAGAUGAGCAGGAUGUGGGCCCCGCCCCCUCCAUGGGCCCCGCCCCCUCCGUGGCCCCGCCCCGGCCCCUGGCUCCGCCUCUCGGGCAGCCCGGCCUCCAGCUGCUCAGGACCCAGCUGCCCCCCCCCGCUGUGGGCCCGGUGCAGGACAGCCUGCUGGCCUCCUCCUCCUCCUCCUCCUCCUCCUUCCAGCACCUUCCGCCCCUCCAGGGCUCCAGCCUGAGCCCGGGCUCUGACUGCCAGCUGAUGGGCCCACCCUCUACCUUUCACCCGCCCCCGGCCUUUCACCCCGCCCUGGCCCCGACCCCGGCCUUUCACCCCGCCCCGGCCCCGCCCGCCGGCCCCUCGUACCGGCCUAUGAGGCACAGUCUUCCCAUGGGCGCCGUCUCUCCCCAGGCGUACGAGCGGCUGCCCUACCGCCCCGACCCCACCGCCUCCCACCCCCUGGGGCUCGCCAUGGUGUACCACCCCCCCGGCUCCGCCUCUUCCUCUACGCUCAGCCAAUCGCUGCACUCCCACACGCCCCCUCACCUGCACUCGCUGGGCUACCACUGCCCCGGCGUGCCGCGGGGCUCCUCCCCCUCCCACCCCAUGGCUCCGCCCACCCCCCAGCUCGGUUACCACUCGGGCACCCAGAGGUCCGCCUCCAACCCCUGCACCACCACCUCACCCCUCCCCAUGGGGCUGCCCUCCUGUUCCAACCCCUGCACCACCACCUCACCCCUCCCCAUGGGGCUGCCCUCCUGUUCCAACCCCUGCACCACCACCUCACCCCUCCCCAUGGGGCUGCCCUCCUGUUCCAACCCCUGCACCACCACCUCACCCCUCCCCAUGGGGCUGCCCUCCUGUUCCAACCCCUGCACCACCACCUCACCCCUCCCCAUGGGGCUGCCCUCCUGUUCCAACCCCUGCACCACCACCUCACCCCUCCCCAUGGGGCUGCCCUCCUGUUCCAACCCCUGCCCCACCACCUCGCCCCUCCCCAUGGGGCUGCCCUCCUGCUCCAACCCCUGCCCCACCACCUCACCCCUCCCUGUGGGCCUGUCCUGUUCCAACCCCUGCCCCACCACCUCGCCCCUCCCCAUGGGACUGCCCUCCUGCUCCAACUCCUGCCCCACCACCUCACCCCUCCCUGUGGGCCUGUCCUGCUCCAACCCCUGCCCCACUACCUCACCCCUCCCUGUGGGCCUGUCCUGCUCCAACCCCUGCCCCACCACCUCACCCCUCCCUGUGGGCCUGUCCUGCUCCAACCCCUGCCCCACCACCUCGCCCCUCCCUGUGGGCCUGUCCUGCUCCAACCCCUGCCCCACCACCUCGCCCCUCCCUGUGGGGCCGUCCUCCCCUCCCCUGCACUCGCUUCCAUACCGGUCCCCCGCCGGGUCCUCGCCCUCCCCGACCCUGGCCCCCAGCAGCCCCCUCGUGCAGCAGCCCUCCCCUCUGGACUGCCCCCUGGAGCGCCCCCUGGCCCCCCAGCCCACCUUCGCCCCUGAGGGAGAGACGCAGGACAUCAAGCAGGAGCCCGGGGGCCAGGAGCCCACCUUCCGCUCCAUCGGCCUGCAGGACAUCACUCUGGACGACGUGAACGAGGUCAUCGGCAGGGACAUGUCGCGGGCCCCGGGGCCCCAAUCAUAGCCGGGGGCUCUCCCCCCGCCCCGCGCCCCCGCCACCACCCCGAAAACCAGGCCCGUGGAGGCGUCGGCGUUCCCCCUUCCUGCGCUUCCAGGCCCGGGGGGAGGGAGGGACACCCACGCAGCCGAAACUGUGUCCAUACACGUCUCCGUGGACGCAGGACGCCUUGCGCAGGCUGCGGACGAACCCUCCUCCCAGGACCGGGCAGCGUGUGACAUGUCAGUGUGACGGUGAUAAAACAAGCCCCCCCGCCCCUUCCCCUGUCGGAUUAAACGGUUGUUUUUGUGUGACAGGCUCCAUGUUGGUACGACUGUUAAAUUUAGGCACUAUGCACCAGAAGGUCCCCACGAUGACAGGAGGAAAAGUGUCUCGAUUUCCAUAGGUACUUCAGUCCUUGUUGCAUUUCUCACGGUUUUGUUGUGGAAUAGCGUCUUGAGCGUGCGGACGUACGUACGUCUGAAUCCAGCUGAAGGAGCCUCUGGAGCAGAGAGGAGCAGCUUUCACAUGGAGGACGCCUGCUGUCUGCUUCCCUAGCCAGCGUGUUCCCCGCGAUGCAGGUCCUAAAUGGCAUUAGCUCAUUCUGCCGCGAUCGAUCCGGAUCGAUCAGGAGCGACCUGGAGGUCGUCAGCGUCAGCGUCUGACCCCGCUCGCCCACACGGGCUGGCCAUCACCGGGGUCAGGGGUCGGCGACACGUCACCACACGUCAUGACACAUGAUUAUACGAUCGCGUACGCAGAACAACACCCCAUUCUGCCUACUGAGCACAACGGAGUAAAUCAGUUGGGCUUGGGUCAGGAAGAACAGGCCAAUCGGCCCUGGAGCCUCAUGGGAAGUGUAGUUUGCAACAUUCCAACACUUUAAAAAAAAUCUUUUUUUACUUAGAUUAUAUAAAUUAGAUUAUAUAAUGUGUAUUUUUUCUUCCACUUCAGGUUACACAAAUGCCUUACAACUGUUUGAUAGCUCUAGAGGAUUUCAAAGGCAAUUCCUAGAAAUUUAGCAUUUUUAUGUCGCUGGUUUUAGAAAAAAAUAAAUGAAAAUUUAUUUUAGAAAUAUUGCAGAGGAUUUACGAGUGCAUACAAGAUGCAGCUGUAAACAACACGUUUGAAUAGACCAUUUUCAUAUCUCCUGAACCUCUAUUUGAAUAUAAAGUUACCAGAUGGGGUUUUUUAGUUGGAUAGUGUUGAAGAGAGCAGAUUACAAUGCUUAAUGGCCAGCACUGCCCUGCAAAUUACUGUUCAUACACAGGAACCUGUUCGUGCCUUUCGACUAAAAUUAAUUGUCUAUAUUAUUUACCAACAGGAUAUAAGUUAUGAAGAUUAAGAUACAUUUAUGCAGGGGAUACAACACAAAUUAGUGGAAACAAAACCCGGAAACCAUGCAACUAAUUUGCAGUGAACAAGGUGAAUUCUUAGCAUAAAGAACAAACUAUCCCACAAUGCACUCCUGGAUGGGUUUUGUCUCGUUUGCAGAGAUGCUCGCUACUGUGGAUCACUUGGGUUCACAAUAAUCCAAUCUAUUUUGCUUUUGUUCUGCAAAAGUAUGCAAUAAUGGUACAUGACAGUGCUUUGUUUGGGGGGUUGGGCUGUCUUUAAAUCGAGAAAAUUGACCUAGAAUUGGCCUAAAAAUAUUGCAUUCAAAAGUCAGAAUUAAGGGCAGAUGUCACCUGAAUCCAGGCCAUAGUCUGGUGGCCUAUUUGCCUACCGCCUGACAUGCUGCUGACUUUGGAACAUGGCAAAAUGCAGUAUACUGUGCUCUGGGGCAUAGUAAUAUAUGUCUCUAAUAUUUUUAAUCAUUUUAAUUGAAAGUGAAAUGGCUUGUAUGUCUUUCCAAUAAUAAACUGGCCAUUCUGGUCUCAGCAAGUCUUUGAAAUUAAAGGUUGUCGAUGUCGGAGUGAAUCACAGUGAAUUCAUCUAUGCACUAAAAACCUGUCCGAUGCCUUUCAAAAAUAACCUCGAUGCCUGCAGACGUCCAGUAUAAGCUGUAGAGAUUGUUAGCACAGAAACAAAACACAAGGCAUAUUCCUUCAGAAGUGCAAGGUCAUGACUAUCUUUGAAAGGAUACAGGAUAUGCGUCUUAUAUUUGUAUUUGCGCACACAUUCGUGCAUAUUUGUUCCCAAUAAAACUGUAGAUAUUGCUUCUUUUUUCUUUUCUUUUUUUCAAUGGAGAAAAAGCACGUGGUAGCAUUGGACUAUGCAAACUAAGGCUGUGACAAGCUGUGAGAUUUCGCACGUACGUGUAUUCACAUGAGCUCAUUCUCACAUCGAUUGUAUUAUGCAGAAAUGUACGUGUAUGAGGAAUGUCUUUUGCUAUAUUGCGCUUUUCGGUGUCUGAUGUUAUCCGUUUAAAAAUAUAAAACAAUAUACUGUAGAAACGCCUUAUUGUAAGUAACGAUUACUCCUUGUAUGUAAACAAUUGUUUUCCAAAGGAUUUGUGAAAACGAGAUUGAGUUAGGACAACAGGGUGGAAACUGGUUAGGCCCACAGCCCUGACAAACUUUGGACAACACAAAUGUCUCCAGUCGGCAUGCUCCACUGCGCUUCUUUUUUAUCAAAGGUCGAGAAACGCGUUUGCUGCUUUCAAACAUGGUGGAACGCAUGCUGUCGAACUCUAUUUUUGAUACUCUAAAAUGGAUGUAAUUCCUAACGGUAUGUGGUAAAAAAAAAUUUUUUUUAAAGGUUUUGUAAAAUAAAAGAGAAAAUGUCGACUUAGCCGAGGUUUACGGAGCCUUGUAUUGUAAUUUGGUGUACAUUUUGUAUUUUAAGGUUUUGUAAUUUUUAAGAAUGCAGUGCUUUUUUUUCUGGAGCUAUUCAAAGGGAAUGCCUUGCGUUUUAGGGUCUUCUUACAGUACAUAGUGUAUCAUUAAAAGGAAAAUCCAGAACCAG